CCGAGCCGGAGCAACAUGGCGCCGGUGGGCGGGGGCGGGCGCCCGGGCGGCGGGCCGGCCCGAGGGCGCCUCCUCCUGGUGGCGCCGGUGCUGCUGGUGCUGCUGUGGGCGCGGGGGGCCCGCGGCCAGGGCGACCCCCAGCGGAGCGCGAUCCUGGGCAUGAGGCUGGCGAGCUGCAACAAAUCGUGUGGGAUAAACUCGGAUGGCAUCAUCUUCGUGUCCGAGGGCAGCACGGUGAACCUGAGGCUGUACGGCCAGAGGCUGGGCUCCUUCUCCAGCAACCUGAUCUCCUUCACCGAGGUGGACAACGCCGAGACCAUCCACAACUCCACCAGCUGCCCCGAGCUCACCAAGGACCUGGUCGUCCAGAAGCUGGUCAACGUGAGCCGCGGGGACACGUCCGGGAUGCUGGUGGUGCUCACUAAGUUCCUCCGGAGGAGCGAGAACAUGAAGCUGUAUGCGCUGUGCACCCGGGCCGGCGUGGACAGACCCUGGCAGAAGUGGACGGACAAGGACUCGCUGCUCUUCAUGGUGGAGGAGGCUGGGAGGUUCCUGCCCCUCUGGCUGCACAUCCUCCUCAUUUUGGUGCUGAUGGUGCUGUCGGGCAUAUUUUCUGGCCUCAAUCUGGGGCUUAUGGCCCUGGACCCCAUGGAGCUGCGCAUCGUGCAGAACUGUGGCACUCAGAAGGAGAGGCGCUAUGCUCGCAAGAUCGAGCCCAUCCGACGCAAGGGCAACUACUUGCUCUGCUCCCUGCUCCUGGGAAACGUGCUGGUCAACACCUCCCUCACCAUCCUUGUAGAUAACCUCAUCGGCUCUGGGCUGGUGGCCGUGGUCUUCUCCACCAUUGGCAUUGUCAUCUUUGGGGAGAUUGUGCCUCAGGCCCUGUGCUCCCGACAUGGGCUGGCUGUGGGCGCCAACACCAUCAUUCUCACCAAAUUCUUUAUGCUACUCACCUUCCCCCUCAGUUUCCCCAUCAGCAAGCUCCUGGACUUUUUCCUGGGUCAGGAGAUCCGCACCGUUUACAAUCGGGAGAAGCUGAUGGAGAUGUUGAAGGUGACGGAGCCCUAUAAUGACCUCGUGAAAGAGGAGCUGAACAUGAUCCAGGGUGCCCUGGAACUCCGGACCAAAACUGUGGAGGAUAUCAUGACCCAGCUCCACGACUGCUUCAUGAUCCGGAGCGAUGCCAUCCUGGACUUCAACACCAUGUCGGAGAUUAUGGAAAGCGGCUACACGCGCAUCCCUGUGUAUGAAGAUGAGCAGUCCAACAUCGUAGAUAUUCUCUACGUCAAAGACUUGGCCUUCGUGGACCCCGAUGACUGCACCCCCCUCAAGACCAUCACCCGCUUCUACAACCACCCGGUGCACUUCGUCUUCCACGAUACCAAGCUGGAUGCCAUGCUGGAGGAGUUCAAGAAGGGGAAGUCCCACCUGGCCAUCGUGCAGAAGGUGAACAACGAGGGCGAAGGUGACCCCUUCUACGAGGUGCUGGGCCUGGUCACCCUGGAGGACGUCAUCGAGGAGAUCAUCAAGUCCGAGAUCCUGGACGAGUCUGAUAUGUACACUGACAACCGAAGCCGGAAACGGGUAUCUGAGAAGAACAAACGUGACUUCUCAGCCUUCAAGGAUGCUGACAAUGAACUCAAGGUGAAAAUUUCACCUCAGCUGCUUCUGGCUGCUCACCGCUUCCUGUCCACGGAGGUUCCCCAGUUCAGCCCCGCUCUGAUAUCAGAGAAGAUCCUGCUGCGGCUGCUCAAGUACCCGGAUGUCAUUCAGGAGCUCAAGUUCGAUGAACACAACAAGUACUACGUCCGCCAUUACCUGUACACCCGCAACAAGCCGGCUGACUACUUUAUCCUCAUCCUGCAGGGGAAGGUAGAGGUGGAGGCCGGGAAGGAGAACAUGAAGUUUGAGACGGGCGCCUUCUCCUACUACGGGACCAUGGCCCUGUCCUCGUUCCCCUCCGUGCCUUCCACCCUGGUCAGGUGUCCGCCUGGCAAGCGGAACUCCCUGCUCUCCUGGCUCUCAGACCGCUCCCCGUCCCACCCCGCACCCCUCAGCCGCUCGGCCUCCCUCAGCUACCCGGACCGCUCGGAAACGGCGUCGAGCACAGCCCCCUUGGCGGGCAGCAGCCACCAGUUCGGCAGCUCCAUCCUGGGCCAGUACACCUCCGACUUCAGCGUCCGGGCGCUCAUGGACCUCCAGUACAUUAAGAUCACCCGGCAACAGUACCAGAAUGGGCUGCUGGCCUCACGCAUGGAGAACUGCCCCCAGUUCCCCCCGGAUGGGUGCACCAUCUGUACCGAGAACUUGACCGACAAGUCCGAGCUGCCCCUGGUGGACGAGACCACGACUCUCCUGAACGAGCGCAACUCCUUGCUGCACAGAGCCUCCCUCGAGGGCGCCAUCUGACGGGAGGGCCCGGGGUCCCCCGCCAGCCCCGCGGGGGCCUCCCCAGUGGGCCCACACGAAGACAGGGAGCCUGUUAGGCCGGAAGGGGUACAGAUAGCCUGUCUGACUGAGCAGCCAGAUGGCCCCCGACCCGAGGGGGAUCUGGCCUCCGACAGGGACCUCUGAACAGCCGCGAGCUGGCGGCGGCCCACCCUGGACUGUGGGGCAAUGGGCUGGCGACCAGGAGCGCUUCUAAACUAGGCUCAUCUCACCUCUUUUUAAUACCAUAUGGGGAAGGGAAGACAGGGUUAAGGAACUUUAUUUAAAAACAAUUUUUUUUUUUUUUUUUCCCACAAAAACUUUAAAAGGGGUAGGGUUUCUCACCCCGGGAAGCAAUAGCCAUAACCUGCUCCCAGCCGUGACCUUUUUGGCUAUGUCCCUGACUCAGGAAGCCUACUCUUUCUGCAUCUCCUCUGCCUCCUCCAGAGAUGGCAUCCCAGGGGCCUGCUGGAGGAAGUUUUUCUCUUGGGAAGGAAGACAGUUCUUCCCAGGAAGCAAAGAACCAAAUAGCGCUGAGAACAAUUGCCCGGACACGCGCUGAGGCUCGCCUGGUGUCGCCGAGGCCGAGGGAUUCUGGGAACUGUGAUCAGGGACGUGACACUCGCAACUGCGGAGAGGAGCACACCUCCUCCUGGUAAUCGCUGGACCCAGGAAUCUCCUAGAACUCUGCUGACGGGCUCUCCUGGUGAGUUGGGCUCCGCUGAGGACUCUCGCCCCAUCCCUCCUAUCUGCUCCUCUGGACAACUCUCCCCUUGUAAUGGGGCUGAGUCCAAGUGUUAGGCAGGAUCUCACACCUUUAAGAUUGCUAACCCCUGCUCCCCAGGCCCUGACCUCACUUUCACCAAAGGUUUUCCCCAGGUUGGGGGAGCGACUGCGUUAGAGGGGACUUGUCUGCGAUGCUCCUUUCGGGGCCAGGAGGGAACUUGGUCAUGGGCAUCUACGUCGUUAGCAAUUCGUUCCAUCCCCCUUCCCACCCCACAGCGAAAGUCAGGUUUCAGUCACCGACCCACCAAGCCCUUCUUUCCGGACUCCCGGUUUCUAAUCCAAAACCCCAGUGCCUCUUGGGGAUUGAGGACAAGAGGACGUUGUAGGAAGCCAACCUAAGCAGGUUCUUCAUGCCCUUUCCUCUGUGGCUGAGGCUCCCCUGGCUUUGUUCACGCACUUACAGAUCCACCUAAAAGGCACACAGCUGGCAGCCCCGUCUUCCCCACGUGCGUGUUAUCCUAGUGUGAGAUGUCGUCCUGGCCUUUGCUGAAGCUCGUGGUCCUGGGCGCUCAGAGCCCCAGCCCCACGUGCAGUCCUGCCCCAGCACCUUUUCCCUGUGCUGCAGGCUUCCCGCCGUCGGGGAGGCUGUAGGACCAAGGUCCACGGUGGCCCUUUGAUUGGGUGGAACAGUUGCUGGGGGUGGGGGGGCCCAAGAUCAGGCGAGGGAGACUCCACAGGCCUUCCUGAGUGUUAUUUAUUCACUCCUUUCCUCAGCCUGUGAGUCCUGUUACCCCAAGUGCUCUUUUGGGGACCAGGAAAUGUCUUGCACCAAGUAUACUGGCCCCUGGUCAUUUUAAAGUCCUUCCAGACACAGAUUCCUACAAGUCUGCAGACAAGGUGGUGACAGCCAUGGGUUCUCAAGCCAUAAGGAAAAAAGAUACCAGACUUUUGUCCCCCGUUGGGGCCUGAAAACCCCUUAGUUUUCUCCAGGAGCAGCUUGCUUUCCGAGUCCACACAGAGGCUCGCAGAGCUGUGUUCCUGGGACCUGAGUGCCAGGUGGAGCAGACUCACGGCCUGAACCGAGUGUGUGUGAAGCCAAAGGAGCAGGUGCACACACUUCCACGGCUACCUCUUUGCACGCACAGUUACUUUCAAGAGAUGGUCCCGCCUCCCCUCUUCUUCCCGUCCCCAUUUAUAAUCACUUUUUGCAGAGGGUCAUGAUUAUUUCCACAUAUUACUGGUCCGAUGACUUCCUCCUCCCAGUGCAAUUUUUCACCUCCUAUUCCGAUCUCUGGUUCCUGGGCUGAGCAGUACCCUGACCUGGCCCAGCCCUGCGUGUCUUCCCGUGGAAGGGGGACCUUCGCAAACGGCCUCUGGAUGGGUAGGCGAGUUACAGCCACCGUAGCAAAUAACUCAUAUUUAUUUUGCAUAAGAUUUUAAUUUGUAUAUUUUUGUGAUUUAUUUUGGCAUUGUUAUGAGUUUGACUCUCGGGGAGUUUUGUUGUUAUGACUCUUGUGUCUUUUGUCACAAAACAAUGAUAAUAUUUGCUAAACGAUAUACGGAAUUUAUUUUUGAUUGGUAAUAAAAAAAGAAAUAUGUAUAAAUCUUGGUGAGUUUACAGUUGGCCUGUUUGAGUUCUGUCGAUACUCGGGACCGGUCAUAGAGCUAGAAGUGGCUGUGCUUGGCUGUCACUUAUGACAGGGCAAGGGACAAGCAUUCUGGUUCUGUUCAGCAGUAAAAAGGAAGCAGAAAUGUAACUUACACAAAUAUAUGUAAUCAAGGCUGUUGUCACAGGAGCUAGAGAGUGCCAGCUGCUGCUAGGUAAGACAGGGCAGGUGUGCCCAACUGCCACCAUUAGGGAUCCAGUAAAAUGGGCACCAGAGGGUGGGGGGCAGCUGGGAUGGGCAGAUUGCCCCUCCUCUCUCCCCUGGGGGCUGAAGGAGAAAGGAGCUUGAUCCAAAAGUAUGACCGCAUUGUCUUAUAGCAGCAGGAGCCUCUCAGUCCAUACUCAGGGGCUGGCUGUGGUUUCACAGUUGGAGCGCUCACCGCUGGAGAGCCCGCCUGAGAGGGACCUCACUGGAUGUGCUCCCGAGGCUUCAGCCAGGCAGACUCCUGCCCACAGGUGCCUCGGCCUGUGUGUGCAGUUGAGUGCACCCAGGCCAGGGCCUCAAGCAAGCCUGGCUUGACAGGGCGAACUGGGGGGGAAAUGUUUAAGGAAAGGGAGGCACUGGGUAGGCAGAAAGGAAAGAGGACAUUUCAGAUAAAAGGAAUAACAAAUACAAAGUCUUGGGCAUAGGUGGGCAGAAAUAAAUUUCAUUCAUCCAUCUGUUCCACACGUUUAAGCCCUUGCUACAUGCCAGGUGCCACCAACCCCUCAGGCUGGCUUCUCCACCUGGAACUUCCUCCCAGGUCUUUGUUGAGGCUCACCCCCUUGCUUCAUCUAAGCCUCUGUUCAAAUGCUACUUCCUUGAAGAAGCCUUCCCCUAUCACCCCAUCCAAAAGAGCUUGGCCCCAGUCCCUCUGUCCGUCUCCUUGUAUUGCCAUGUUUUUCUCCAUAGCACUUAUUGUCAGAUAUUAAAAUACGGAUUUGUAUAUUUUCUGUUGUCCUCACACUAGAACUUAACCUCCAGCAGGUCAGGGUCUUUCUUAUUUCCACUGCAGUCCCAGCACUAGGACAGUACCUGGUACAUUGCAGGCACUGGAUGCGGGAAAUACUUGUUGAAUGAAUGAGUGGGUCUUACAAGAAGGUGAGUACUGGAUGCUAUUGCAGGGGAGCACAAUGCUCCCAUAACCUUGACCCAAUCUAGUCAAGAUGGUUGAGGAAAACCAGCUGGAGGAAGUGACGUCUGCAGACUUGAGAGAGAAGAAGGAAUUAGCCAGGGAUCACACACAAUAGUUAUGGGUUUGAAACUCAAGAAUACUAGAUAAAACAUGGAAAUGUCUUGAACCAAAUGAUCAGAAGGGAAAAAUCGCCCAUGGGGGAACUGAAUGCCCAGUGACAAGUGUCUCCACUGACGCUGUGAUGAUGGGCCAAAGAGUGACGCAGAGCCAAGGAAGAAAGAAGCUGGCAAAGUAGUGUUGGGGCCUCUCUUGUUCACAGAAAGUCACUCGUGAGCAGCUUUGUUUGCUCUGUACCGGAUCCUUUGUCUUUGGGUCUCACAGUUUAAAUCACUAUUUGUGUUUUCCAAGCGUGAUCCAACUGUUCUUCUACUCAAAGGUUUCCCCCCCUCCCAGAUAAGUUACAGGUUGUUUUCCAAGGGAUCCCGAGACCAGGGGAAAAGUAACUUGUCAAAGGUCAGAGCCCUGUCUGGAUAUACCGAGUGUUCUCCCCAUCUUGCCUCUGGAACUGGUCUUCGCUAGUUAACUUUUCAGGCACAUGACUCAUUUCAAGCCUGUUGUCCAUUCUAUCUCAGUGUCAGCAUUUUAUCUGGACUUGGAGACAGAAGUGUGAACCAAAGGGGUUGAGUCUACUAUUAUUAUUUUUUUCUUUCAAAAGAGGCAUGCCAGCCCAGUGGAAAGGCUCAGUAGUCAUUAUUGCUUCUGCUGGCGGCUUAUUCUGGAACUUUUCACACUAUAUUUCUGCCGGUCACUCGCCACGGGUUUAUUCAUUCUUGCACAUUACCUUCCACACAAACAUAUUUUACUUAAUUGAGGCCACAGUGUCUUAACUGUUGUUUAUAGUGUUUUCAUGACACAGCACAUGAAUUUCUAUAGAAUCCUUGUAAAGACCAUUUUAAAUGACAUGUACAUGGACGGCCUUAUGAAAGUCUACGUAUGUUAGGAUAUUUGAAAAUACAUAAAAAUGUAAAGAAAAUAUUAAAAAACCCAUUUCAUCUGGACACCUAUAGAGAGGUCUUGUUAGCAGGUUAAGUUCACAUAUAAUAGGAUGAAGAACAUUCCACACUGUUAAGGACCACACAGUCUUUGGGAGGAUUCUCUUGAGUAGUUCUUGUUGGUCUUUAGGAAUUAUUUUCCCAAGGAUGAUCUGCUAGAAGUGGAGUGACCAGAUACUGUACAGUAAUUCCUGACAGAGCUGCCAUCUCCUAAUGUGGCUGGGAUGGCGAACAGGUUAUUAGGCUGGUCGCGUUGAAACCCAACAUCCGUGCCUGAGUCGUGCUUCACUUUUCUCCGGUAAAAUAUAUUCAUAACAUGUAGUAGCUGUGAGGAUCCAAUGAGGUAGUGAUUUCGUGCGUGUACCUUUUUACCAUCGUUCUCCCAGGCAGGAAUGCAAGUUCCUUUAAGGCAGGGGCCGUGUGUCACGUCCCAGACCUACAGCAGAAUCGGGCGCGAUCAAGAAACACUUUCAAUAAACCUUAGCUUCCGAUGCCCAGUCACCGGUUCUUUCAGCCCUCCUCGCCCUUUAGGUCGGUGGUUCAGGGGGGCCCUUUCUGAGAAAACGUCCCAUCUCCCUUGGCUGAAUUCUCUGCCUGCAAUUUCAGGAGCGCCGCUCCGCUCUGCGGCCCGAGUCCCGAGCCAGGGACUUCCCAAAGCACGGGCCCGGCCUCCCGGAGAGGGGGGACUGCCGGUGAGAACCAGACGCCCGUGGAGUGGGGGCCAGUUCGCCGCUCCGCGCCCUCCGGACGCCAGCCAGCCCGCCCCAGCCCCGAGAAUCGUGUCCGAGCCCCGCGGGGGCGAGAGCCCCACGCCCCCGGCCCGCCCCGGGAUCGCGCCGCGGCUUGU